AUGCCCCCCCCCCCACAUAAAACAAGACUAACCCGCCCACCACCACACCAACAGGAAUACUUCAUCUCCGGCUUCCACAUCGUCCUGCCGCUGCUCUCCUCCGAGCUCCACCUGGCCCCCGCCGCGCAGACCUGGCCCUCCAGCGUCUUCACCCUCGCCGCCUCCGCCUGCCUGCUCCCCCUCGGCCGCCUCAGCGACCUCCGCGGCGCCCACCCCGUCUUCGCCGCCGGCCUCGCCUGGGCCGCGCUCUCCUGCCUCGCCGCCGGCUUCUGCCGCUCCUACGCCGCGCUCGUCGCCUGCCGCGCCCUCACCGGCGUCGGCGCCGCCGCCUUCCUCCCCGCCGGCAUCACCCUCAUCGGCAAGACCUACCGCCCCGGUCCGCGGAAGAACUUGGUCUUUGCGCUGUACGGCGCGUUUGCGCCGCUGGGCUUCUUUGCGGGGAUCUUGCUGGGCGGCGUGGCGGGCCAGUUUCUGGAUUGGCGGUGGUACUUUUGGAUCGGCGCGGCGGUGAUGGCGGUGAUUUGCGCGGCGGGCGUGUGGGCGGUGCCGCGGGAUCUUUGUAGGAAUGUGCCGGAGGGGGCGCCGGGGAUGGAUUGGUGGGGGGUGGUGACGGUGGUGCCGGGGGUGGUGCUGUUGGUGUACGGCAUCACGGAGAGCUCGCAGGCGGCGCGCGGCUGGGCGAGCCCGCAGAUCAUCGCGACGGUCGUGGCCGGCGCGUGCUUCCUCGCGGCCGCGGUGUACGUCGAGGGCUGGGUAGCGACGGAUCCGCUUCUCCCGGCAGACCUGUUCGCGCCGCCGUACAUGAAGCGGCUCGUCGCCGGGCUGUUCCUCGCCUACGGCGCCUUUGGCCUCUUCCUCUUCUACAGCAGCUUCUACCUCGAGGUGGUGCUGGGCAAGAGCCCGCUGCAGACGGCCGUCUGGUACAUCCCGAUGGUCGGCUGCGGGCUCGUGCUCGGGGCCGUCGGCGGGCUGACCCUGCACCGGCUCCCCGGGCGCGUGCUGCUGGUGCUGUCCGGGCUCGGCUUCGUCGUCGCCUGCCUGCUGUUCGCGCUCAUGCCGGAGGACCCCAACUACUGGGCGUGGGUGAUGCCGGCGAUGAUCGCGUCGAGCGUCGGCAUCGACAUCGCGUUCACGGUCAGCAACGUCUUCAUCACGACCAACCUGCCGCUGAAGCGUCAGGGGCUCGCGGGCGCGCUGAUCAACAGCACCUUGUUCCUGGGCAUCAGCGUGCUUCUGGGCUUCGGCAACGUGGCCGUCGCGCACACUUCGCAUCUUCCCUUGCGGGAGAAUUACCAGGUCGCGUUCUGGCUUGCCGUUGGUGUGGCAGGAGCUGCCCUAUGGAUAUUCGCCUUUAUAGAUUUAGGACAAGCCAAGAGUCAGUUGACACUCGAAGAGCGGGAGCAAAUAGACAUGCAAAAUAGGCAGGGCAGUAAGCAGCUAAGCCAGCCACCAGCAUCAGUCUAA